AUGCCAUCAGCAGACGAUUUACCUCAAUCAGACGCCGCAACAAUGAUUGAUCCACACAUCCCUCACCUCCCUAGUGAGAUCUUAUGUGAGAUCGCUGGUUAUGUCAACGACGAGGACGUUCUGAGUCUCCGAUUGUCGGCCAAAAUCUUUCAAUCCAUCACCGCUGAUCGCUUCGCAACUACUUUCUUCGAAGACCGUACCUACGAACUAUCGCCCAAGGGACUGAAAGCUCUAGUCAAAAUUAUUACAGAGCAUCCAGUGUUUGCCCCUCACAUCAGCAUAACGUACACUCCCUCUUGCUAG